AAUGAAACAUUUAUUAAUAGUAUUGCUUCUCUUAUGUGUUUCUUACGCAAAUAAAGGAUUUAUUGAGAAAGAAUUUGAAAAAGUUUUCAAACAUAAAUCUAAUGUGAAUCAAAUAUAUUCACAUUCUUUGGCUUAACAAUUCUUUCAUUAUACUAAAAUUGCAGUAUGUCAUCCAAAGGAAAUAGCUGAUUGGGAUUGUGGAUACUAUUGCGAAUAGCACCCUGAUAUGAUUGAUGUAUAGGCUUUUGCAGGAAAUUACUCGAGUUAAGCAUAUUGUGGUUAUAAUCAAAAGGAAAAUUAUAUCGUAUUAGUUUAUAGAAGUAUUUGAAUAAUUGUAUCAACUUAGGUACUUAGGAUUUAACUAAUUGGAUCAACAAUGUAAAGUUCUUUAAAUAAGAAUUUGGAGAUUGUAAGGAUUGUGCUGUUCAUCUUGGAUUUUGGGAAACAUAUACAGCUAUUUCUAAUGAAAUGAUUAAUUGUACUAAAACACUCAGAUAGAAAUAUCCUAAAUCAAAAGUUUUAAUUACUGGUCAUUCAUUAGGAGGUGCUAUUGCAGCAUUAAUGGCAGUUGACGUCACUAGACUAGGAAUUUAAGUGGAUAAUUUUUUUACUUAUGGUGCUCCAAGAGUAGGAAAUAUAGAAUUUGCUACUUGGUUUAUUAAUUAUGUAGUACCAAAAGAAUAUUGGAGAGUUACUCAUUAUGCAGAUACUGUUGUUCACACACCUCCAAUGAAUUUCUAUUAUUCACAUUUACCAUAAGAAGUGUGGUAUAAUGAAGAAAACACUUCCUUUAAGAUUUGUUUAUAAGGAUUGGUAGAAGAUGAUACUUGUUCAAACAGUCUUUGGUGGUAUUCUAUUUCAGAUCAUACAUCAUACUUUAAUGAAUUUUAGGAAUGUAAAACUCAAUUUAUUCAUCAUAAUGAAACAAUGCAUUUCAUAGGAAAAUAAAGUGAUCAACUAAAUAAUUAAACAAACCUAAUUUAAGAUUAAAAACAAUGAA